AUUCAUAUUGUGAGUUCAACGAUGUGAGGGCCAGUGCCUCGAGUCAGUAGCCCUCGUGAGAUAGAAGCCUAGAUAGCUCGCUGUCCUGCCUUCUUCCAAGUCUCCGCCGCGGAAUGUGAGGGUUUAUAGUAGCACUGAAGGCAAGAGUUGUGGUGGCGGUGACAGUCAAAUAGUCGAGAGAACGACCUACCAGUACCUACCUUGCAGUUUUAUAAGGAGUUGGUAAACUCCUGCUGCCGUCACAAGACGUUCUUCACUUAUUACAAGAUGAGCCAUGCGUGGAUAACAGCGGUGGUGAUGGUGGUGGCACUGGGAGGAGGCUGUGAGGGCUUCAGUAUUCGGCCCGAACUGGCCGGACUUCUCAAAGCGGAAGAAAUCCACAAACAAUUCGAACUUCUCGAGAUUCUAUUAGGAAAGUUGGUCAAUGGAAGCAACUGCAGAAAUCGCACACAAGAUGCCGCCGAGGAAACUACAGAAAUAGAACCUGAAGGUGAAGGGACAACGAUGGCUCCUGAAAGCGAAGAGGAGGUGGAAGACGAGAAGGAAAAGAAUAAAGACUAUGAAAAGUUGCACCAAAACCACACCAUGUUGCUACCGCCCAAUGCCGACUGCAAUGUUACCAAAACGGGUAUUACUGAUGAGGAGAAAGACUUUAUCCUUGAGUUGCACAACGAUCUGAGGUCCUACGUAGCAUAUGGGAACGAAAGCCAAGGAGAUCCAGGUCCGCAGCCUCCCGCCGCCAACAUGCACCAGCUAGUAUGGAACGAAGAGCUGGCCGAGGUGGCGCAGGCGUGGGCGUCACAAUGCCCCUCGGGACAUGACGAGGAAAAGAAGCGAAGGCUGCUCUCUCGUAAGUACCACACCGGCCAAAACAUCAACUAUUACUGGGGAACUGACGACAAUGGAUCGGAUUGGGAGAAGGCGAUAAAAAACUGGUAUAACGAAGUUAUGGACGUAGAUGCCAAGAUAGCUGCUGCUUUCAUACCCCACAACACCAAGAAGAUUGGCCACUACACUCAGCUUAUCUGGGGAAACACCAAAGAGAUCGGUUGCGGUAUCGUUUACUAUGCGACGGAGCGGAAAGGAUUCUAUUUUCCUUAUAGUAUAACCUACGUGUGUAACUACGGUCCUUCUGGCAACUUUAUAAACAUGCCUUUCUACGAGCACGGGCCGGCCGCCACCAAGUGUCCUGGGAAGGUGUCAACGGAAUACAGUGCUCUCUGCGCCUAACGAGUCAUGGUUUCAAAUAGGAGUAACCUGUCCCUGUCAUAUCAACCAUGUUUUGUGUUCCCGCCCCCAGCAAAUCUUAAGUCUUGUUAUUUACCGAGUCUCCUUGCAAAACUACCCUACUGACAGGUUGUAAGCAAAUCAGAGGGCUUAAGAUUGAGAGGAAGCUCAAAACCCAGUGGAAAUUAUUCCAAUAGAUUUACCAAUUACUGACUGACCGUGACUAUCCGUCAGCGACACCGCCUCACACUUCCAACCUCUACGUCAUGAAAGGGCUGCUAUAAUGAGUGUCUCACGUCACUACUUGUUGCAGUCUUAUAAUACACUGCAGUUGUACGUGACAAUGUUACACAGAUAAGUAAAAUAAAAUGUCAGAAUAUG